AUGCAGAAUCAAAAAUUCAAAGCAAGACCAGUCUUACAAAUGCCAUCGUUAAUUAAAUUACCCUAUGAGUUGUUGCAACUUAUCCUUUCUCACCUUACUUUACGUAAUUUAGCUGCAUUAAGUAGAACAUGCAAAGAAUUGCACAAUUUGAUAAUGUCAGAUUAUACUUGGCAAAAUCUAGUUCAUCAAGACUUAACAUGUAGUCCCAAUCUCUUAUUAGGAGAGAAUUACUACUUUUUCUACAAGAGAAUGUAUAUUGGCCAUGUUGAAAUGGUUAAAACCUACCUAGGUGAUGAUAAUCAAUACUGCAAAUCCAUUAGGUCAUUGUGUACGAAAUGUAAUCCUGACGAAUUCUCCGGAUGGAAGUUAAUCAGCUACAGCUAUAAGAUGUAUUUACGAAUGCCAACGCUAUCAGAAGGUUUACUAUUUGCGGCGCGCAAUGGCUUAGAGCAAUUUGGCCGCCGUAUUCUUCAUCAGUUUCGACGAACUUGGCAUAAUUAUACCUCUGCAUGUAGCAAUUACGAUAAUCCCAUUAAGAUUGCAGCAUUGAUUGCCAUUAUUCAUGACCAUAUUCACUUCGUAUGGAUGCUAGAAGCUCAUGCAAGUCCGCGCCUAUGGUGUCCGACUACUUUAAUUAGUACCAGUGAGCAGAAAUUAUUUUACAAAGCUCUACUAUCUCCGUACAGGACAUGCCGAUGUAUGCUAAAUCUAAUUAAACCCGAGCGCAUACCGCCACUCAACGCAGCGUAUAAUAACGAUAUGACUAAGUUGCAACAAUUAAUAUCAUUAAGGGGCAUUAAAAGCGUCAACAAGAAAGAUCGCCAUGAUUGCAACCUGUUACAAUAUUGUGUAAUCUUCCAAUUUAAUGACAGCAUUAAAAUACUCAUAGAUCAUGGCGCAUCAAUCAACGAUGAAUUUUCAAAUCCUGCGAUCAGCCUUUUAGAGAUGAUUAUAAUCAAACAAAAUAUAAAAUGUUUUCAAUGGUUUAUUCAUGAUGGAAAUGUUCAGCUAUGCAUUAAAUUAUCCAUUCAACAUACUUUUAUUGACGGAAUUCAUUACUUGUAUCGACUUUAUAAUCAAGAAGAAAUGAAAAUUAUGAUCCGAGAAGAAGUCUAUCUUCAACUUGAAGCGAUAUUGAAAGAUACUAAAAGCGAAUAUUACUGCCAAUUUCUACUUGCUCACCUGGAUCAUUGCGAUUUUUUGGAUUUAAUGACUAUUAUAAAAUUGGUGCCCUACCUGAAAAUAGAUCAAUCAACCAUAACAGAAUUUUAUAACAACAACGCGAGCCUGUCUUUAAUUUGUAUGCUUAGCCGUUCUGAUUUAACACCAAUUCAAAUAGCAAAGUCUUUACCCUACUUUGACCUUUUGCAAAUAAUUUUAUUGCUUGCUGAUAAAUCACUUGAUGAUGAUAUGAUCAUGCUACAAAGAAUAUUUAUCAAUAUAAUUGAUACAAGAUGUCGAAUUAUCCUUACAGAUAAUCGUAUGCAAACUCGCUAUGAUCGAGUAAUUAAUUAUUAUUUACAGUAUUUGUCUGAUCACAAUGUCGGAAUUAAUCCAGCACAAAUUGUUGGAAAAUAUAGGCUGAUAAAUGAAGAUUAUGAAGUUAAUAAGAUUAACUGA